UUCACUUCUAUCCUGAUGUAUGUAUUCUUGUAUUUUGCAGACCUGGACUUUUUGUUCCACAUGUUCUUCCUUGCUCGAUACUGCAAGCUUCUUGAGGAGAACUCCUUCCGGGGUAGGACAGCAGAUUUCUUCUACAUGAUCUUAUUUGGUGCCUCUGUUUUGACUGGCACUGUUCUUAUUGGGGGGAUGAUUCCUUACAUUUCUGAGUCAUUUGCAAGGAUUAUAUUCCUUAGCAAUUCACUCACAUUCAUGAUGGUUUAUGUUUGGAGCAAGCAGAACCCAUACAUCCAUAUGAGCUUCUUGGGACUAUUCACUUUCACAGCAGGUUAUCUUCCAUGGGUUAGUGAUUUCUCUUUCGUCUGCCGGUUUUCAGAUUCUGCUGUAUUCAAUUACUUUCCUUUUCAAAUGUUUGACAUAUAUAUUCAUAAAUAUUGCCCGUUAUAUAUAAAAACUCUGAUACAAUUGCUCAUCAUUGCUUCCCUUUAGCCCUUGUUAGGCUACUGUUUAUAAUUGUUUCACACACUUUUUAUUCACAUAUAUGUGAGAUCCACAAGUACUACAUACUUAUUCACCACUUAUUUCUAUACAUUUAUAAUUUAAACCUUUCAUAAACAACUCCUAAACAUGCUUCUAAUUGAUUUUGUCACUUGUAUCGUUUUCUGCCACAUCUGAUGCUCUUAUAAGCGUAAUCUCUCUCUACUCAACUGUAUGGUCAUUAAGUUGUGGGAAAGGUUUACUACGGGGGGCAUUGAUUUCUUAAAGUUAAACCAUGAUCAGUUUAGUUUACACAUUAUUGUCUCAUUAGGACUUGGUAUAUACGCACACGUCUCUUGCUUCCCUCCAGCAAAAAUUAAAACCUAUAACAAAAUUCUGAAACAAAAAAUGAAAUCUGAAAAGUAAAUUUGCAUGUCAUGUUUCACACUAUUUGCCUGGUGUAGCUGAUCGUGUAGUUUUUU